GUUGCUAUUGGAGUGUAUGAUUGAAUUAUUUGAUAGAUGUGGAGGGGGUUAAAACAGAUAUUGAAAAUGUGUGUAGUUUGCCGUUCAUGAGUGGAUUUGGGUACUUAUAAGCCAUGCCCACCGAUAAAUUAUUGUUUUAUUACGAAAGGUUUAAUGUGAAAAUGAUAAAUAGUUAUUGAAUAUCUGGUUGUUGGGGAUAUUAUUUUGAAUUAUGAAAUGUGGAAGUUAACGACAGUUGGAUUAAAGUUUGUGUCCUGAAUUUUAAUGCUCUAAACUCUUAAAGUUAAGCAAAUGAUUUUACAACUUUCAAAGCCUUGUGUUAAUUUAUUUAUCUAAGGGAUUUGUAGAAUUAAAGAAGGGUUUCUGUCUUGUAUUCAUGAAACCAAUGAAAAUAAAUAGUGACCGUUCAAAUAUUUUGAAUUCUUCAUAGUUUUAUUAGGCCUGCUUUGUGCUGUUAUUUAUUUUAUUAUAUGAAAGGAAAUAUUAAUCACGUAGAUGAAAUGUUUUAUUGUAAAAUUUAAGUUAUUAACCGUUCGUGUGAGGAAUAACAUAGUUAAAUCUAUUCGGUAGAUGUUUAAACAAUUAAUAAGUUAGUAAAAACUGAUUUGAAUAAAAAAGUGAGAAACGUGAAAAUGCUUUAAUAAUAAAGAAAGUUAGUGAAAAGUGCUUUGAAAAAUAAAGUAAGAAAAGUGAAAACUGCUUUAAUAACAAAGUUAGUUAGUGAAAAGUGCUUUGAAUAACAAAGUUAGAAAAGUAAAAAAUGCUUUGAAUGAUAAAGUAAUAAUAUGAAUUAAGUAUCAGUGAACUAUUGUGAUCCCCAAAAGCUGGUAAUAUGUACAUUGGAAUCAAUCAGUGACACUUAUCAAGUGCUCGUGAAAGAUGUGUAACUAUGAAUGGUAAAAAUGUCCGUCCUCAUUGUGAGAAUGCCGGGAACUGAAGCUCCCAAGUACCCCCGGGCGCGGCCGGGGGUCAGAGAAUCACGCCCGGGUGUCAAGGAAAGACGCCAGGGGGUUGGGCUAGAGCCUGUGCCAGGCGCAGCGGGCAGAAGAAAGAAAUUAAAGCGAUUAAAGGGAUUUAAUCUCAUGGAAACCAACACCAGGAUUCUAUCGCUCUUAAAGGUUUCGGAGGAGGGACGGAAGCGGGCGUCCACCCUGCCGCCUCUGGAGCGAGAGCCGACCUUUCAGCGGAAACCGAAAUACUUUAACCCGUAUGAAGGAAACGCAGAAGAGGCCGCGGACAGCCAUUGGCGGAAGAGCUAUGAAAAGGUCAGCGUGGAAGUUGACAACAAAGUCAAGUCACAUCUUAAGCGUCAGUUGUUGGUUCGGUUUGAGCGGCGCCUCAAACGUCUGGAGGAUGCGAUGUCAGACGACAGUGGUGAUCGGCAUGGUCCCGGAUAUAACCCCUGGGAGGGAAAACACAAACAUAAAAAGAAUGGGAAGUCGGAUAUAUUCCACAAAUACACGGAAACCGGUGAGCGCGCCUCGUCACCAGCAUCAAUGAAAUCAGACAAACCUCUUCCGGAUAUCAGAGUAGGAGAGACAGAACAUCUUCCGGAUAUCAGAGUUGGGGAGGUUGGUGACAGGGCGGCCAUUAGAGUUCAGUUUCCGGAAGGCCACCACAAUGGGGAUCGCCAUGUAAACGGAAACGUGUCGAACACAAACAUAGCUAAUGGCGAUCAUACGGACGGAGCCGGAUCGGAUGGAGAAAGCCUUCCUUCGCCUUGUCAGGGGGAGUUUGAUGUCGCUGACGUCAAGUUCAGAUACAGUGACGAACAUUUCCGCCAUCUCGACGUCAGCCCCGUUCAGACGCCGCAGGUCAUACGUCCAAUGACGCGCGAGCAGACGAGACUCAGUUUUGACGAGCGUAUGUCCCGGAUAUUACGUGGUCACGUGCAUGUCACGUGCCCAAUUAGGAACAAAGUAAUCCGCGUGUACCUAUGCUCAGGAUUUAUAGAUUCCGAGGCCGAGAGAACCUUUCUCUUAGAGCGGGUCUACCCAGAAAUGCAAGAGUUGUGCGCCCUGCACGGCCGUGAAUUUCAGAUGGUGGACCCACAUUGGGGGCUUCGAAAUUCCAGUGCAGCAGACGACCACAGCGUGCCGGCCAUGUGCCUCGAAAACCUAGAAAGAUGCUGUCGGGACCAGCUUCAGCCUCUACAUGCAGUGGUUUUGUUAACGGACAAAUACGGCGAGCCGAUGUUGCCGUCGAUCCUUCAGAUGGAAGAGUUCGAGACAGCAUUCCAGGGAGUUACAGAAUUCUCCGCCAGGGAGCGCGCCGCAAUUGAGCGGGAGAUAGCCGUAAUCGAGCCACCCACUUCCGGUGGGACCGGAAACUACACAGAAGUCAAUAAUAAUCACGACUCUGAAGUAAACAGUGUACAUCCGGAUGGAACUAGUAUAAAUGGACACACUAUCAGCCAAGAAAGCAGCGACCAGCAACAAGAGUCAUCGAAGACGACAGCGGCCGCCGGCCAGCGGAAGGAGGGUGUAGAGUCUAAGAAAGACCAGCAACGGCUCAAGGAGUUGAGAGAAUCUAUAGCGCGGCUCCCAAGCCCGAAGCUGCUCGCCACGUGGUACCGUUUAGACGAGAACGCCUUGCCGCCUGUCUACCGGUUACAGAAUAUAAGCACCGUAAUUAAGGAUUACGGACGAGGAGACGCGAACCGGAAGGAAUACUCGCGGCAGUUGUGGGCGGACACCGCCGCCUCUUUAUUGGCUCUCCUCAACACAUUUGGCUCCCGAAAAUUCAAUAGAUCCCUCUUGGAAACCGAACUCGAGCACUUGCUAGAGAACGAUGUCCAUAGCGAUCAAUGUAUUGUCGUCUGUCGCACGAUGGAUGACCUUGAGGACAAUUUGGAUGACCUUGGAGCAGAUGACUUUGCGGAUGUGACGUCAUCAAAACCUUCCCGCAUAAAUAGAGAUGCACAAAAACGUCUCAUGAAGAUUAAAAAAAAUAUUAUUCCACAGAAGGUCAACGAACAAUACAUCAUCAACUUCCCCGUGUCCUGGGCGCCCGGUGGGGUCCGUGUGGGCGGGGACCGCUCCCAUCAGACCUACCUGGACCGUCUAGCGCGUCAUCUUUGUGACGUCAUCAGGCGUCGUCUGCUCGAGAGUUUCAAAGAAGACGCACAUGCGCAAGCCGAAGCAGACGAGACCGGAAAAGACUACAAAUUGUUUGAUGAAAUGUCAGAACAUGUUCAUUUCUUUCAGGAAAGGUCACGAAGCUUCCAGGGCAUGAAAGAGAGUCUGCACGUGAUCAAGGCGUACAUCCGGUCCACGUGCCGCGCGCCCCUCGUCGUCCAUGGGCGCCCGGGAGCUGGAAAGUCAGCCCUCCUAGCAAAAGCCGCCAGGGAGACCCACAAAUGGCUGAAAGGGCAAUCAGUGUGUGUAUUGGUACGGUCUGUGGGUGCCACGCAGGCUUCACGGAACAUCCGGCAUCUUCUGUAUGACGUCUGUCGCCAGCUCUCUCUCGCGUACACAGACUCUGCGGAGAACGUGCCGACUGACUAUGUCGGACUGGUGAACGAAUUUUCAGGCCGAAUGGCAUUGGCAACAGAAGACAGGCCGCUGGUCAUCUACUUGGACGCCCUUGACAACCUAGAAGACGAUCACAAUGGCAGGAAGUUGGCAUGGUUACCCCGACAGUUGCCUAGCAAUGUUCACGUGGUUGUAUCAACGUUACCAGACGACAGGUUUGAUUGCAUGCCAACACUUCGGUCGUUGCUAGGAGACGAUUCGGAUAUGUUCCUGGAAAUUCCUGAUCUACAGGAAUCGGACGCCAUGAUUAUUCUCAAUCAUUUGUGCAAUACACGUAACCGGACACUUACUCAAUCUCAGUUUGACACAGUAUUUAACAUUCUAAGAAAAUGUCCAUCACCUUUGUUUCUAAAACUAUUGUUUGAAGAAUCUAUGCAAUGGUGUUCGUACACUGCGAUUCAGGAAUCCAAGCUUCCGGACUCCAUUAAAAAAUUAACGGCUGUGCAAUUUGGACGGAUGGAAAUGAAAUAUGGGGAAGCAUUUGUGAGACGCGCUUUGGGAUACAUAACAGCGUCAAGAAAUGGUAUCACAGAUCAGGAAAUGAUUGACAUGUUGUCUCUGGAUGAUGCAGUUAUGGCGGAAGUCGCUCCUAACCAUACGUUAGUGCGCAGACGCGUUCCGCCGUCGUUAUGGUUACGUCUGCGUCGAGAUCUCAGCGUCUACCUGACUGAGAUUCAUGCAGAUCACGUGAGAACGAUUCAGUGGGCGCAUGCGCAUUUCAACGAAGCUGCAACGGAGCGUUACCUCAAGCAGAAAGACAAGGCGCCCUCCUACCAUCGAGCAAUGGCCGAAUACUUUCUCGGUUUGUGGGUUGAAAAACCUAAGCCCUACCCCGGAUAUGAUAAAGGCGUGUUACGAUACGUGGCGCCUCAGCCGCUCUAUUGGGAACAAAAGGACGCUAAGAACGACGGAUCGGGCCGAGUGUACAAUCUCAGGAAAAUCAACGAACUUCCGUACCAUUUAUUGAACUCUAAUCAAAUGCAGUUGUACAAAUCUGAGACUAUGUGCAAUUUUGAAUGGGUGCUAGCGAAACUGUGCGGAACAUCUUUGAGAAGCUUGGUAGAAGAAUAUCACAUUGGUCUCGAAGCCGAGCCCUCCGACAACGACUUAAAGCUUCUGUCCGACACUUUGCAGCUGUCUGCGACAGCCGUUCUCCGCGACCCGCGGCAACUCGCGGGACAACUCGUCGGCCGCGUGCAAGGAAUCGUCAAUCGUGAUGUGCCCGCUACCCCUGGUGAUCCUCCAAGGUACCCUUUUCUACACGGCAUGGUUGCCCAGGCCAAGAAUACGUCCAUCCCGGCUUUGGUGCCCUCCAUCGGGUGUCUUACGGAGCCCGGUGGAAUUUUGUAUGAUUUACUCUCCGGCCACAUGAAACCAAUAACAGCUGUCACCACAACUACGGACGCUCAACGAGCGUUAACUGCUUCAGAGGACAAUACGCUUAAAGUAUGGGACUUAAAAAGCGGCAAGGUCACAUCGACUUUGUACGACUUUGGAAAGAACGUCACAAAACUACGGACGGCGUUUAAUAACAAGUUUGUGAUAGCCGUUGAGGGAAGUGUGAUAAAGAUAUGGUCGCUGGCGUCCAAGGAAUGCUGCUCCGUCAUUGAUCAGUAUCUUGAUCCGCCUGUGCUGAGUAUCGCUAGCGAAGGGAAGUUGCUUGUAGGGUUCUUUGACGGCGCUGGUGCGCUGCGGACGUGGGAUCUGGAGAACGAAUUUAGGCACGUUUGUGAGACAAAAAUUGAAGGCUCGCGCGUGUACAGCGACAACGCCGUGGUCAUGUCACCGAACUCAUACGGGGACUACGUUCUGUAUGCGUUCAGGGGAGCGAACUGGGCGACGAUUCAACACGCAAGAUCAGGAAAAGUUAUCCAUAAGUUGAAAUGCCACGAAGAUUCGUCUUCUAUCGUAGCUUUAGCGAUCACUCGUGAUUACAUGGUUCUCGCUUGCCGCCAGAACUACAUGAAACUGCACGAGAUUCAUCAACUGGAGCUAUUUGAUGCAAAGAAGGGAAAAUACUUGAGAAGUAUUCGAGGCUGUACGCAAGAUUUUAUAACAGAGCUCCAUAUCAACUUGGUCGGUUCACACGCAAUCGUUGUGUGUGCCUCAGAGACUAGCAACGCGUCAAACAUUGCAAUCUGGAACUUGGAAACGGAAGACCACAAGCAUCUCGCAAAGCAUUCUGGGGUUUCCACGGUUAGCGCAUGCGCAGACUUUCGGUACUGUCUCACCGCGCAGAAAGGGGAUAACACGUUGAAGAUUUGGAAUAUUAGCAAGUUCAUCAACCAACCAAUGCCGAAAAUGAAGAAAUCUCUUGGCGUGGCGGAGAUUCACCCUAUGAUCGACAACCCGCGAUACGCAAUUGCGAGACAGGUCAACCACGGACCGAUUAGUAUAUGGAACGUGGCGAAGGCGAAAUGUCUUGCAAGCGCGGUAAGAAUCGAACGAGGGUUGUCCGAAUCGUCCGACGUCGUCCUUAUUCGAAACAUCAAUGUGGUUAUCCUGACGGAAAGGGGGCUCAAAGACUCAAAACCUGUCUUUAAGACGGUUCUCAUUUACGACUUGCGAGCCAAGCGAUAUGUCAAGAAACUUACGCAGUGCUUCAUCGUGCCCUCCCCGGCGCAUGAAUACAUUCUUUUGGACGGAAUUACCCUCCUAGGCCCGGCCGAGACCCGCAACCACUUCAUCAUAUGGAGUUUGGAAACAGGGCGAGAGUUGUUCAGAAUCCGACCUCAAUUCGUUGACGUCGACGUCAAAGGAAACAUUAAGGAGGCCGACCUUGAACAUUCCAUGCAGAUGAGAGCGAGCACCGCGAAAAUGACGCCGUGGGAUAGGCGCACUGAAAGUAGUUCUGCAAAACGGCGAAGGCGGGAGAAGGCGCGCGAGGAAGAAAAACACCAUCUUGAAGAAAUAUUGCGCGAAAAAAAGAACGGGAUCGAACAGUUUAUCAUCAGUGGCGAUUUAAACGUCAUCGUGGCGUCUUUCUUCGCGCAUCAUCUGUGUGUAUUUAACGUCAGCUCAAAGCUUUACACUCAAACUCUAGAAAAUGAAAACUCGAUGUUAUUCCUUCAUGUUGCUGCGCUCAAUUUCGACGGCAGUUGUCUAGUUCACGCGAACUAUGACGAAGCAUCGAAAGUCAGUUACGUCACGUUAUGGGACACAACGACUGGUCACGUCAAGAAACGGCUGAAGAACGAGACGGACGUACUUGCAAUUGCAAUAACGGAUAACGGCAACAGAGUUGUAUUCGGCAAGGCAAACAAAGAGCUACGCAUUUGGGACCCGAUGCGAAAGUCCGCUAAUUCUAUGAAAAAGGUCAAAGGUUACGAUAGUUUGGAAUUUGACGUCAACAGCAAAAUAUUCAUUCUAAACGAUGGUAAAAGCGCCGUUGUGUUUGCUGGCGAUAUUUCUCUGUGGGAUCUAGAAAACGCUACCCUGCUUGCUGCAUUCACCCCGGACACGAGGAUUGAGGUUGUUACAACGGUAAUGAGCGGCCAGCUGAUCACGAUCGGCGUGCACGAGUACCCCGAGUUGGUGGUUUUAAAGAUGACCGGCAAAGACGUGAAGUCCAUUGUUGAUAUCACGCACGAGGAUUUGUUCGGUGAAUCAACUGGAGAUACUUCUGACGAAGAGGAGGACGAGGAAGACGAUCUGUGAUGACGUCAUCAUGAUAUUUUAUGACGUCAUUAUGUUAAAAUACCAAUAGAAAAAGGCGAUUCUCUUUGAUGACGUUUAUACAGAGAUGAUAUGUCACGACGAUAAAAACAUAACGUUUAAUAACUGUCAGUUAAGUCCUUGAAGUUGUGAAACAUAGAACAAUAUUUUAAAAUCGCUUAUAGUUUUCUUUGGUAUGUAUCUUUGCAUCAGUGUAUUUGAAAAACAAUCAGAGAGAAAAAGUGAUCUCUUGGUUACUCAAGUGAAUGUACAUGCCUAUGAAUACAGAGGCAUAUAGCAACGUGGUUAAAUCUUUGGUUUCGUUAAAGUUAGCAAAAAUGUACAUUGAUUGGUCAAUAUUUAUCCAAUGAUAAUUGUUGACCAAUCAUAUUGCUUUAAUCAAUUUAACCUUUGGAUUACUUACCAAGUUGUAUACAAAUGGCAGUGUAAUAAUUGUUCUAUUAUUUGUUACGUCACUGAUUUGUCUGUGAUACCGCCUAUUUCUGUGAUAAUGGACAAUAUUAUUAUUAUUAUUAUUAUUAUUAUUAUUAUUAUUAUUAUUAUUAUUAUUAUUAUUAUUAUCUAACAGUUCAUGUUAUAAAAUGUGACAACGUCUGCGAGAGGUAAAAGUGAUAUGCUCAUUUGUUGUGCCUUAAUCGUAAAAACUCGGCCAUUUUCUUCUCUUCUUUUUAGCAAUUGUAUCAUCCGGUGUCCAGUCCCUUUAAUAGUUUAUUGCGAAUGAGCGUUUGGACAAUGCUGUAACAAACACGCCAACAUGCAACACUUACAUUUAACACUCACUGAUAAUUAAAAAUAUGUAUUUGCUUUAAAUACUGUUUAACAUUACAUUUAAUAGUCGAACCCCGUUGACUCGAACUCGCUUGGCUCGAAUUUUCCGAGGCUCGAUGUAUUUAGGCCGGUUCAUGUAAGUUCGAGUCAACGGCGUACUGUACAUCAAUAUGUAUUGAAUGACCACCAUUGGUCAGCUGACUACCAUAACAAGUUUGCAAUAACCAAUGAAAUUAUCAUACUGUAAGAGGAAAUUAUUUCCCGCCUAAUUCAUAUUGUUCAAACGUCUGAAAAUAAAUUGCUUCCACGGGACUCUUUUUCGCAGACGGUGUCGUUCACAUAAUUUGUAUUCGAUCGUUCUGCCAAUCUAAUAACAUUCUGCAUUUACCUUCUUGUGUUGCAUUCUUUUUUGUUUAUACUUUUAUAUACGCAAUGUUAUUCUUCGCAUAAUAAGUGAAUUCCUGUUUGCUCUUCUUUUUUUUUAUCUAUUUUUACAUUUAUCAGUAUGUAGUGGUUAAAGGUUAUUACCUUUUCCACUUUGACCAGUUUGUGUUCGAGAAUAUAUUUUGACUACCGACCAAGCCUCUGUUUAAAUCUACCGAUUCACCUGAUGAAGAAAAAAUAACGGCUGGCUGCUGAUUUACUAAAAUUAAUGUUAAUUUCAGAUUUGAAAAAAAUGCCAACCCAUUAGACAAAAUAUAAUUUCGAAUUUGAAACAAAUGCCAAACCAUUAGACAAAAUAUAAUUUCGAAUUUGAAACAAAUGCCAAACCAUUAGACAAAAUAUAAUUUCGAAUUUGAAACAAAUGCCAAACCAUAAGACAAAAUAUAAUUUCGAAUUUGAAACAAAUGCCACACCAUAAGACAAAAUAUAAUUUCGAAUUUGAAACAAAUGCCAAACUAUUAGACAAAAUAUAAUUUCGAACACUAAUUGUAUGUAUUUCAUGGUUGGAAAUUUAAUAUUAGCGGCAUGUCAUAACCCAUUUCUUACUCUGUUCACACUUGACUUCCGUUGGUGCUUGCUAUUUUUGUCUCGCAUUGUAUAUAUAGCAAUGUAAAUGUUAAAUGUAUUCUUAAAAUUUCAGCUGUUAAUAUUAGUUAUAUUGUCAUUUUUUAUAUUUAUUAUAAUAAAGCGUGGACCUUA